AUGUACUCUCUCCAUCUCCUGCUCAGGGCCAGCCCUGCUGCCCUGCUUCUGAUUCUUUGCCUGCAGCUGGGGACCACCAAAGCUCAGGAAGACACAACCAGUCGACAGUUGGUGACAAUGGACCUGCAGAUGCUGCAAAUAGCAGAGGCGAGUGAAGAGGCCACCGUGGUGCUUAAAGUUUCAACAGAACUGAGGGAAUGCAUGGUGAUUAAAUCUUAUCUUCUAAGCAACACUCCGAUGGAAGGCAAUUUUAAUUAUAAAUACACCUCCUGCCUCUGUGACAGUCACUCAAGGAGCUUCUUCUGGGACUUGCAAACCAACAGUACUAUAAGGAUAACAGCAGUGGUUGACGUUAUUCGUGAACUAGGUAUCUGCCCAAAUGACUGGGCAGUGAUACCUAUUAAAGCAAAUCGCUUUUAUAUCACCAAGAGCCUACCAUAG